AUGAGUUUCUUUAAUAAUAAAACUGGAUCAGGUGGGUCGUCUUGGGGAAAUAUGUUAAAACAAGCCGUGAAUAAUUUUGAGAGCAAACUUGAUAAGGCUCUUGACAUUGGUGAAGAUAAUUCUUAUCAGGGGGAGGUCUACGUGGACCCAAUAACUGGGUUUGUUACCACUGUUGAUCCUCCUGCAGUUUCUGAAC